ACAAGCGCGCGCGCGCGCACUCCAAGCAGUCCACGAGCACCACCACCGGUUUCACUGCUCGAUCGCAACAGCAUCGCCACAAGUCCGCAAUAAACCACCACACACCACGUACCGGGGUGGCCACUAGUCUCAGGCGGCUCUCAAGCUCUCAAGCUACUCGCUGCCUACCAGUAUGGGGAACGCCGCGCCGCGCGUGCGGCGCCGCGACGAGCCCGCGGCGAAGAGUUGGUCCAAGGGCGCGGAGGCUGCCGGCGAGCUGCUGCCGGUGGCCAAGGCCGCGGGCGGCGAGGAGAAGGCGGCGGCCGAGCGCGCGGUCGUGACGGUGAAGGUGGUGAUGACGAGGAAGGAGGCGGAGAGGCUCGCCGCGCGGCUGAGGGAGCAGAGGGCGAGGAGGCGGAACGCCAGGAUGGCGGAGCUGAAGAACGCGCUCCGGGCGGGGGACGGCGCCAUCCGCGGCGCCGCCGCGGCGAGGCCUGGUCCGCGCGGCCGGGCGCAGAGCCUGGCGCCGAUCCAGGAGAGGUAGCUAUGCAUACUGCCAUGUCUGAGCUUGCACCUUCUGCAAGCUUUGAUCAUGGAGGAGGAGAAGAUUAGUUAAUACUUUGUACCGUGACGUCGUAAUUGUGGUUUUGUAGCGAUAUACGUACGAUUUUGCCUGGUCACCCGGCCAUUGAUCUGCUGUACAUAUACGUAGUGGAGAAGUGGUGGCGACGUAUAUGUAUAUAGUUCGUGACCUCGUGUUACGAUCGAGUAAUGUAUAUCCUACUUUCUUUUUUGUUAAUAAACACAAAAGUUUGCAUCACUA